GGCAUCACUGAUGGGCACUGAUAGGCGGCACUGAUUGGCAUUGAUGGGUGACAUUGAAAGGCAGCUCAGAUGGGCACUGAUAUGUGGCACUGAUGGGCACUGAUAUGUAGCACUGAUGGGCACUGGCACGUGGCACUGAUGAGCACUGACUGCUGCCACUGAUGGACACUGACAGGUGGCACUUCUGGGGCCACACUGAUCAUCAGGGCACACUGAUCAUCAGUGCCCUGAUGAUCACUGUCAGCGUGACAGCUCGAGAGGAGAGAAAUGCCGAUAACCGGCAAUUCCAUGUUUACAUGUGAU